AUGCCCAUUCAAAAGUGUUUCGCCCGUCAGAUCUUUGACUCUCGCGGCAAUCCAACCAUCGAGGUUGACCUGACCACCGAAAGCGGCACUUUUCGCGCUGCAGUGCCCAGCGGUGCCAGCACCGGAGUGCACGAGGCGCUGGAGCUGCGCGACAAUGACAAGAGCAAGUACCACGGCAAGUCGGUGAUGAAGGCCAUCAACAACGUCAACCAGAUCAUCGCCCCCAAGCUGGUCGGCUCGAAUGUUGACGUCAGCAAUCAGGCCGCCGUGGACGAUCUGCUCUGCAAGCUGGACGGCACCGAGAACAAGAGCACUCUGGGCGCCAAUGCCAUUCUGGGCGUGUCCAUGGCUGCGGCCAAGGCGGGCGCCGCAAAGAAGGGCGUCCCUCUGUACCAGCACCUGGGCGACCUGCACCUGGGCGACCUGGUGGGCGCCAAGGGCUUCAUCAUGCCCGUGCCCGCCUUCAACGUCAUCAACGGCGGCUCGCACGCCGGCAACAAGCUGGCCAUGCAGGAGUUCAUGAUC